CGACUCUCCCACGGAACUAGUCGAAACUUUCGAGUUUGUGCGCUCGACCAGUCCGACGGACAGCUUUGAAGUGAACGGUUCGCGAGUUCCUGGGCAGAAAGACGGCAUCGGAGAAUCAGAGUGCAGCAGAGCAACCGUUUGCGAAUUCGUGCUGUUCCACCUACUUUGACCAAAACGAUACCAAACCAAUUCAAUCCAAACUAAAACUAAAACAAACCAAACGCAAAAGCAACGCCAAGACCAAAUCCCAAACAAAAAGAGGCCUCCCCAAGUUGACAGAGCUUCGCAUACUCGUACAUAGGAUACAUAGGAAGCGUGAAUUUGUAUUGCUGGAGCAGCGAUUACCCACUUUGCGGAGCCGCGAGGACCACAAGGAUUGGCGCAGGGCGCUCCUUCGGAACUUUCGCUAUCUAAUAAGCACAUUUGAGUCCUAGUUGGGAUCACUAUGUUCAUUCCGGCCGCCCAGUCCGCGUACAGGACACUGCGCAAGACGCAGCCGCGUGUCCGGCUCAAUGCCUUCUUCAAAAAUGGCUACUCCAGCAAGGUGGAAUACAAGCCCAUCCGGUCGGUGCUGGUGGCUAACCGCGGUGAGAUCGCCAUCCGAGUGUUCCGUGCCUGCACAGAGUUGGGCAUCAAAUCGGUUGCGGUCUACUCGGAGCAGGACAAGAUGCACAUGCACCGACAGAAGGCCGACGAGUCCUAUAUAGUGGGCAAGGGUCUGCCCCCCGUGGAGGCCUACCUCAACAUUCCAGAGCUCAUCAGGGUGUGCAAGGAGAACGAUGUGGAUGCCGUGCAUCCCGGCUACGGUUUCCUAUCAGAGCGCAGUGACUUCGCCCAGGCGGUGAUUGAUGCCGGACUGCGUUUCAUUGGCCCCUCACCCGAAGUCGUCCAGAAGAUGGGUGACAAGGUGGCGGCUCGUGUGGCGGCCAUUGAGGCGGGUGUGCCCAUUGUGCCCGGCACCGACGGCCCAGUGACCACCAAGGAGGAGGCAGUGGAGUUCUGCAAGAAACACGGCUUGCCCGUAAUCUUCAAGGCCGCCUACGGAGGCGGAGGUCGCGGCAUGCGCGUCGUUCGCAAAAUGGAGGAUGUGGAGGAGAGCUUUCAGCGGGCCAGUUCAGAGGCCAAGGCCGCCUUCGGCAAUGGAGCGAUGUUCAUCGAGAAGUUCAUCGAGCGACCACGUCACAUAGAGGUUCAACUGCUGGGAGACAAGGCCGGAAAUGUGGUGCAUCUGUACGAGCGCGACUGCUCCGUGCAGCGUCGCCACCAGAAGGUGGUGGAGAUCGCUCCAGCGCCGCGCUUGCCCAUCGAAAUCCGGGACAAGAUGACGGAGGCAGCAGUGCGUUUGGCCCGCCAUGUGGGCUACGAAAACGCCGGAACCGUGGAGUUCCUGUGCGACGAAUCCGGCAACUUCUACUUCAUCGAAGUGAACGCCCGUCUGCAGGUGGAGCACACGGUCACCGAGGAGAUAACGGGCAUCGAUCUGGUGCAGUCGCAGAUUCGCGUGGCCGAAGGCAUGACCCUGCCCGAGUUGGGCUACACGCAGGACAAGAUCGUGCCCCGUGGAUACGCCAUCCAGUGCCGUGUGACCACCGAGGAUCCGGCCAACGAUUUUCAACCCAACACCGGUCGCUUGGAGGUCUUCCGAUCCGGCGAGGGUAUGGGCAUUAGGCUGGACAGUGCGUCCGCCUAUGCCGGCGCUAUCAUUUCACCAUACUACGACUCCCUGCUGGUGAAGGUGAUCUCGCACGCCAGCGAUCUGCAGAGCUCCGCAUCCAAGAUGAACCGUGCCCUAAGAGAAUUCCGCAUUCGCGGCGUCAAGACCAACAUCCCCUUCCUCCUGAACGUGCUGGAGAACCAGAAGUUCCUGCACGGCGUCCUCGACACCUACUUUAUCGACGAGCACCCGCAACUGUUCAAAUUCAAGCCCUCACUCAAUCGCGCCCAGAAGCUGCUCAACUACAUGGGUGAGGUUCUGGUCAACGGACCCCAGACGCCUCUCGCCACCACUUUGAAGCCUGCCCUCGUGUCGCCCCACGUUCCCGAGGUUCCGCUGGAUCUCUCCCCGGAAGCUAUAGAACGCGAAGAACGUGGCGAGGCAAAAGUUACGGAACCACCGAAGGGACUCCGCGAGGUCCUGGUGUGCGAAGGUCCAGAAGCUUUUGCCAAGGAGGUGCGCAACCGAAAGGAACUGCUGCUCAUGGACACCACUUUCCGUGAUGCCCACCAGUCGCUGCUGGCCACCCGUGUCCGUUCCCACGAUCUGCUGAAGAUCUCCCCCUAUGUGGCGCACAAGUUCAACAAUCUGUAUUCGCUGGAGAACUGGGGCGGAGCCACCUUUGACGUGGCGCUGCGCUUCCUGCACGAGUGCCCGUGGGAGCGCCUGGAGGAGAUGCGCAAGCGCAUUCCGAACAUUCCCUUCCAGAUGCUGCUGCGCGGGGCCAACGCCGUCGGCUACACAAGCUAUCCGGACAACGUGGUCUACAAGUUCUGUGAGCUGGCUGUGCAGACCGGUAUGGACAUCUUCAGGGUGUUCGACUCGCUCAACUACCUGCCCAACCUGAUCCUCGGCAUGGAAGCUGCCGGCAAGGCGGGCGGCGUGGUGGAAGCGGCCAUCUCCUAUACCGGAGACGUCAGCGAUCCCAAGCGCACCAAGUACGACCUGAAGUACUACACUAACCUGGCUGACGAGCUGGUUAAGGCGGGCACCCACGUGCUUUGCAUCAAGGACAUGGCUGGUCUGCUCAAGCCCGAAGCCGCCAGGCUUCUGAUCACCGCCAUUCGCGACAAGCAUCCCGACAUCCCAAUCCAUAUCCAUACCCACGACACCUCUGGAGCGGGAGUGGCCUCCAUGCUGGCAUGCGCCAAUGCCGGAGCUGAUGUCGUGGACGUGGCCGUCGACUCGAUGAGCGGCAUGACCUCCCAGCCAAGCAUGGGUGCCGUAGUUGCCUCCCUGCAAGGCACUCCGCUGGACACGAACUUGGAUCUGCGUACGGUGUCGGAGUACUCCGCCUACUGGGAGCAGACCCGCACCCUGUACGCUCCCUUCGAGUGCACCACCACAAUGCGGUCGGGCAACGCCGAUGUCUAUCUCAACGAGAUACCUGGUGGUCAGUACACCAACCUACAGUUCCAAGCCUUCUCGCUGGGUCUGGGCGACUUCUUCGAGGACGUAAAGAAGGCCUACCGUGAGGCCAACCUGCUGCUAGGCGACAUUAUCAAGGUGACGCCCUCGUCGAAGGUGGUAGGUGAUCUGGCCCAGUUCAUGGUGCAAAACGACCUGACCGCCGACAAAGUGCUGGAGCGAGCAGAGGAGCUGUCGUUCCCCAAGUCGGUGGUGGAGUACUUGCAGGGCUCUAUUGGCAUCCCGCAUGGAGGAUUCCCUGAGCCCCUGCGUUCACGAGUCCUUAAGGACAUGCCCCGCAUCGAGGGACGCCCGGGAGCCGAGCUGCAGGACUUGGACUUUGACAAGUUAAAGACCGAACUGCAGGAAUCUCACUCCGGCAUCACCAACCGAGACGUCAUGUCAGCUGCCCUCUACCCGCAGGUGACAAAUGAUUUCCUGAACUUCCGCGACAAGUACGGACCCGUCGACAAGCUGGACACUCGAAUCUUCCUCACUGGUCCCAAUGUGGGCGAGGAGUUCGACGUACCUCUGGAGCGCGGUAAGACGCUGAGCGUGAAAGCUCUGGCUGUGUCCGCCGAUCUCAAGCCCAACGGUAUCCGCGAGGUAUUCUUCGAGUUGAAUGGCCAGCUGCGCGCGGUCCACAUCCUGGACAAGGAAGCCGUUAAGGAGAUCCAUGUCCAUCCCAAGGCCAAUAAGUCAAACAAGAGCGAGGUGGGCGCCCCUAUGCCCGGAACAGUCAUCGAUAUCCGCGUGCAGGUUGGCGACAAAGUGGAGAAGGGUCAGCCUCUGGUCGUGCUCUCAGCCAUGAAGAUGGAGAUGGUGGUGCAGUCGCCAUUGGCGGGCGUUGUCAAGAAGCUGGAGAUCGCCAACGGAACUAAGCUGGAGGGCGAGGACCUCAUUAUGAUUAUCGAAUAGACAGUGCCCCGAUAGAAGAGUGCCCCCGAAUCAGAAUGUCCAUUGUCUGAGCUGCCACCGCACAAACCCAAUGUAAAAUUAAGUCAAAACAGUGAUAAUCUUAGGGAUUCAGUCAGUUUGAUUGAUCAUAAACUGUCCAAAUUCGCCUGUGUCUAUUUUUAUAUGAAUCUAAAUCAUUCAUGUUUCCGUGUUUCCAGGAUCAAUCGACCACCAUCACUAACUGGUAAAAUCUCUAGCUGUCCCUGCCAAAAUAGAUCGAAUUGUAUAAGUUCGUGCCCAAGUAUAUUUGUAAAUUUGUCGUAGGGCUUUUCCCGCAAGUCAUUUGAAUCAAAUUUGUACGAUUAUGGAAUUUUUAAUUCGCAAACACCUUUGUCGAGAUUCCCCCUCUAGUAAAUACGUAAGUGGUUAUUAAUGUUAUAUUAACUAUUGUGUAAUAAACGUUAUACAGAAUAAAAAGUAA